UUCCAGAUCACCACAAUAAAGUGAAUAUUUCAGUAAAGUGUCAGAAGCAGGAUCUGAAGUGGACUUUCUGGUAACCCCCAAGAGUGCUGAGUGAACACAGAAGGCACCUGCAGGAUCCUCUUGUGCCCGUUGAUCUCUCAGAGUAGUUGAGGCUUACAGAGUUUCUUCUUGAAGGACUCAAGGACUGAAGCAUCCCACAAAAUGAUCCUACUGAAUAAUUCCCAGAAGCUGCUGGCCCUAUACAAAUCCUUAGCCAGGAGCAUCCCUGAGUCCCUGAAGGUGUAUGGCUCUGUGUAUCACAUCAAUCAUGGGAACCCCUUCAACCUGGAGGUGCUGGUGGACUCCUGGCCCGAGUAUCAGAUGGUUAUUAUCCGGCCUCAAAAACAGGAGAUGACUGAUGACAUGGAUUUAUACACAAAUGUAUAUCGUAUAUUCUCCAAAGAGCCUCAAAAAUCACAAGAAGUUUUGAAAAACUGUGAGAUCAUAAACUGGAAACAGAUACUCCAAAUCCAAGGUUUUCAAGAAAGUUUAGGUGAGGGGAUAAGAGUGGCUGCAUUUUCAAAGUCAGUGAAGGUAGAGCAUUCGAGAGCAAUCCUCUUUAUUACAGAAGAUAUCCUGAACCUCAAUGCCUCCAAUAAAAGCAAGUUUGGAAGCUGGGCUGAGACAGGCCACCCAGGUGUUGAAUUUGAGAGCAAAACUCCCAAUUUUAAGUAUGCUCAGCUGGAUGUCUCUUUUUCUGGGCUGGUAAAUGACAAGUGGAGGCGAGGGAAGAAUGAAAGGAGCCUGCAUUAUAUCAAGCGCUGCAUAGAAGCCCUGCCAACAGCCUGUCUGCUGGGCCCAGAGGGUGUCCCGGUCUCAUGGGUAACCAUGGACCCUUCUUGUGAAAUAGGAAUGGCCUACAGCAUGGAAAGAUACCGAAAGAGAGGCAAGAUGAGACAGGCGAUGGUGCAAUUCAUGAAAUAUCUGCGUCAGAAUAAUAUUCCAUUUUACCUCUCUGUGCUGGAAUUUAAUGAAGACUCCCUUAGAUCUGUGAGGCACAAUGGUUUCUUUGAGGCCGCCUGUGAGUGGCACCAAUGGACCUGCUACCCACAGAAUCUAGUUCCAUUUUAGACAAUGAAGCUGCUUAGCAAUCUUGGGAAAGUCAUCUCGUAAUAUUAAAGCAGACACCACAGAAUAGCUUUCUUCACUUACAAAUGUUUGUUGGGUAUUUACGAUGUGCCAGGAACUCUUCUCACAUUGAGAACUGAUGUUAAAAGACACUGCCAUACUCUUGAAGAGCUUACAAUCCAAGCAAGAGGCAGGGAUGGGUAUAGUCUUCAAAUAUGCAUAAGUGUUGUAAGGAAGGAUGGCGUUACCAGCAAACAUGUAACUAGAAAGCCAGGCUCAGUUCUUACCUCUGGGAAUUAGAACUCUUCAAGAAACUUGAUUGAUAGAAUCUACUAUCUAGAAAAUAAAUAGAGGACUUUAAUAAAAUUGGUUAAUAGAAUAUUCCUAAUCUACAUGGAUACUUUAUUGUAAAUAAAUACACCUGCUAUUUAUGGAUUUAUGAGGCAAUGGCUACACUAAAGAAUGGAAUCAGUCUCUUAGUUUAGUGACUAGAAAGGUAUAAAAGGUGAAGCCUAAGACAAAUGGCUUUCCUAGGCUACCUUUCAUCAUUGUUAUGCAGAAAAGGAAAUCCAGAGAAUCAAGUCUGCUGGACUUGAGGCCUCUGCUAUGGAAAUGA